GAGCAUCUAUGGUUUACAGGGUGAAGCAAGUAUUUCAGUGAGACUGUGGGUGGAGUGAAUAAUUCUGCUGACAGAAAACCACUCUUCAUCUUAUGUUAGACAAACAUUCACUAUGAUGCUCUCCUUGCUGCUGCUGAUACUGCUGUUGGGCUCCAACUGCAAAGCGUCCUUCAUGGGAACAGUUGUCACCUAUUAUGCAAAAACUACAACGUCAAAUAAAACUGCUGCAGUGGUUUACACUCAGGACACCUAUGAGGGCCCGACCUCGCCAGUCUCGUGGUUAUGCAACUCUAAGGACUGUGGCUCAGCGAUCACAAAUUCAAACCACCAUACCGUGAAUUUUUUGGGAAAUUUGUAUGAGCAGCAGUACAUUUGGUAUAUGGUUCCGAACAGUGACCUUUUUCAGAUGUGGUUAUAUGGGCCCUAUUCACCAUGGGUGAGUAAUGUUGAUGGUGGUAGAAUUGGUCAAGCUGUGGCUGUGAUUGAUCUGAGAAAACGCUCUGACACCAACAAAGCCAACUCAUCACCUCAGACUGCAAUCAUACCUCUGAGAGUUCCAUCAAACUGUCAGAGAGACUUUAACCUCUUGGCCUUUGACCCUGAUGGAGACGAUGUAAGAUGCAGAUAUGGAAAUGCAUCACUGUCAGAGAGUUACACCUACAAAAAGCCACCUUUUUUCAACCUCUCAUCAUCCUGUACGUUGUCAUUCAGCCCAACAAGCAGCAGUAAGGAAGGAGCCUAUGUUGUUCAGAUGGUGAUGGAGGACUUUCCAAAGGAGAAUAUCACCCUGACUCAAACUAAUGGUUCACAGGAGGUGAAAACCAACAAUGACGCCAUCAGCAAGAUUCCAGUCCAGUUUGUUGUAAGAGUGGAUCCUGCAGUGCCAUCAUGCACAGAGGGACUUUAUCUGCCCAGGAUUCUGACUCCAAUCCCAGAUAGACUGUACACGAUUGUCAAUCAGCCUGUGCUAAUUAAUAUCACAGCAGAGGCUCUUAAUGCUUCGCUCUCACAGGUGCUGUACAGUGGCCCGUCCACCAUAAACCUAAACAGGGUAUUACCAGGACAGUACGUCAUGAGUUGGACUCCACCUGAAGAUAACGGAGGAGAAAGCCAUCCCAUCUGCUUUGUUGUCGAGGCAGAUAAUGUUCUACCCAAGUAUCACUCUGAGCUUCGAUGUGUCAUUGUUACUGUUGGCAAUGAGAGUAUUAUAAUAAUACCUCCACCUACACCCCCAACAGCUACAGCUACAGCUACAGCUACAAUCAACAACUCAAAUAAAGCUGUUGCUCGCUUGAUAAUGAGAGUGUCUUCUUCGUUGCCACUAGACGAUAUCAAGAAUAUCAUUACACAGCUGAUCAAAGAUGAACUGACUAUAUUAGGGUUAUCAGAUGUGGCAUUGGACUUGAACAUUGUGGCAAACACAACAAACACUGGUGGUUGAUUCGUUUUUUUUCAGUGAACUAAUUUCAGUUUUUAUUAUGUUUUUAAUUAGUGGAAUUUUGGGCCACCACUUCCACAAUCUUGGUUAAAGCGAAUGGGAUUACCUGUUGUUUUUUAUAUUUUUUUAUGGUAAUUGGCUGGAGAAACACACCUGGUUUUCAGACAUUGAAACUUGGGGUUAUAUAAUUAGUGGCAACUGAUCUACCGCUGUCACUUUUGCACCUGUAAUAAAAUUAUAAUAAAUCCA